AUGGCAUGCCAGCGAAUGGGGAGCAUGUUCGGUUAGUUGUGGUGGUGGAGUAAAACUUCGCCAAGUCCAUUGCGUUGAAGAAACAAACAAUACGAAAAUAAUGGUGGAUGACAUCAAAUGUGGCGGACAUAAACCCUGGUUUCAGGAGGCCUGCAAUCAAAUGGAUUGCCCGAGUUGGAUAGUAGGGAAAUGGUCGGGGUGCUCUGUGUCUUGCGGUGAAGGUGUUCAAGUCCGAAAUAUAGAAUGUAGAGACGACGAUGAUAAAUUUAGCAACUUGUGCCCAUUAGAAACGAAACCUUUAAACACCAAACCCUGCUCCACCGGUAUCCAAUGUCCUUUUACUGUCGAAACCAGUGAGGAAUUACUGCCUGGACUGUACCAUACGCAACCACUGGUACAACCAUACCCUCCACCUCCAAUUCCCGAGAGACUAAUUGGGGAGCAAAUUGUACCAUCCGAAAGCACAUUUAUUCCCGACGAAUGGGGACCUUGCAGUGUAACAUGCGGAGAAGGCAUACGAAAGAGGGAAGUACAUUGUAAAAUAUUUUUGGAAUUUUCCAGAACUAUAGCAAAACUUCCAGAUAAACAGUGUACUGGACCCAAACCUACAGAGUCAGAGCCUUGUUAUAUGGAGCCCUGCGUUUCCGAAAAAAUUGGAAUGGAUGUUAAGGAUGAUCCUUACAGUAGAGCCGAUAUAAAAGUCGUUCCAGGAUCUCCAGCUAAGUCGUAUUCUUGGAAGGAACAAGGUUUUACACAUUGCAGCGCAACAUGUCUGGGCGGAAUACAAGAACUUAUAGUAAACUGUGUUAGAGAUGACACACAAAAAGUAACAUCUCCGUAUAUGUGUCCUAUAGAAUUAAAACCAGAAAUUAGAGUACAAACAUGUAAUGACCAUCCUUGUCCCCCUAGAUGGAACUAUUCAGAAUUUUCACCAUGUUCUCAAAGCUGUGGUAUUGGUAUUCAAACUAGAGAAGUAAAUUGUAUACAUGAAGUGACCCAAGGUGGGGGUAAUACACUUAUAGUGCCGAAUAAUAUGUGUCCCCAACCACCUCCGCCUGACAGACAAUAUUGUAAUGUCUUGGAUUGUCCGGUUCGGUGGAAGGUUGGCGAAUGGUCAAGGUGCUCAAAAAGUUGUGGUGGUGGAAGUAAAAUUCGAAAAGUUGAAUGUAAACAAGUAAUGGCACAAAAUCAUACAGUUGAUCGAAUACCUUCCAUGUGCCCAGUUCCCAAGCCUGCAGAAUCUAAGCCUUGUAAUACAAAAAGUUGUAUUGUAGAGAGUGACAAGCCGCACAUCGAUGUAUCAAACAGUACAUUUAUUCAACACGAUCCUAAGAAAAAGAAGAUUUCUUUAAAAGUUGGUGGCGCAGCUACAGUUUUUUUAGGUACUACUAUAAAAAUUAAAUGCCCCGUAAAAAGAUUUGAUAGAACAAAAAUAGAGUGGAUGAAGGAUAAAAACUUUCUUCCAAAAAAUAAAAAGUAUAAAACGUCAAAGAAAGGAGCUUUAAGAGUUUCUAACCUUACUUUGCGAGACAGUGGCUUAUAUACCUGCUUGGCAGCCAAAUCCACGGCAAAUAUUCAUAUAUCGGUGAGACCAAAACCUGGUGAGUUUCCUACUUCAGAAGAAAUUCAAAAGCAAGGGUUCAAGACUGAUAAAGUAGAUUUAUCAUCCGAUGUACAUGCGAAUAGGGAAGAUGGUACUCCUAUAUUUAGUGAUGACCAUUCUCAUGAACAAAGACCAGAUAGGGCUAGAAAGAAGCCAAGUUCCAAGUUAUUUACACCAACUUUGCCUUCCCUGAGGUUGGAUUCCAACUACAAUGAACAACUACAAAGUACGCACGAUAAAAGUGGGGAAAAGCUAUUAUGGCCUUUCCAGGCAUUCAGCAACUCUCGAGGCCAUCGAAUGAUCGACUUUCCUGGGGACCAUCAGAACCAUGACAGUCCACCAUUUUUCACCGACGACACCCUCGAGGAAGUUGAAGAGGACGCACCCAGCGAUGAAAAUGACGAGGAUCAUAUAGUAGUUCUAGGAAAAGGCAAGAAAGAAAAUCUUGAAUUCGAUUGGACUACUGGACCUUGGUCAAGGUGUACCGAAACUUGCGGAGGAAGUGGAAUUCAACAAAGAAAAGUCAGCUGUAUUGUAAGGUUAUACAACGCUACUCAACCCGUUGACGAUAUACUCUGUGACGAUGCAGGAUUAGAAAUGCCACCGUCGAAAAGAAAAUGUGGAUUCGACCAAUGUCCUGAAUGGACCGUUCAUGAUUGGAGUACCUGCGAAAAGUCCAAAUGUUUUGACUGGCACAAAGCACUUCAAAGGCGAGUUGUACGAUGUGAAAUAGCUGCUAACUUAACACUAGAUCCAGCUAAAUGCGAGGCAGAUAAAAAACCUGUUGACAAACAGGAGUGCAUUAACCACAGAUGCGUAGGAAAAUGGAAAGUUGGUCGUUGGUCAGAGUGUGCUGCGACAUGCGAAACCAAGGGAUUAAAAUAUAGAAUUAUCCAAUGUGUUUGGUAUGGCACAAAAAAGCCUGCAGGGACAGCUUGCAAGGACAUUCCUAGACCACCAAUUAUGAAGCCUUGUAUUGGAGCGUCUUGUACCAAAACAGAACCAAUCUGUAAGGACCAUUCCAUGUUUUGCCCCAACGUCAAGAUGAUGAACAUGUGCAAGGUAAUGAGGUACCAACAACAAUGCUGCCAAACGUGCAGACAUUGA